UACAGAAAGCGUUGGAUCGAAAUCUGCUUGCAUUUCACUGCAUCUUGCACCAAGAAGCACUGUGUGCAAAAACAUUCCCACCGGAGUGUAUGGAGGUGAUGAACCUUGUCAUCGAGAUGGUGAACAAGAUAAUUGCAAAAGCAUUAAACCACCGUCAGUUCCGUGCAUUGCUAGAUGAAGUUGACAGCGAAUAUUCCGAUCUCCUGCUACACAAUAAGGUCCGAUGGCUGUCCAGAGGUGAGGUUUUGCGUCGCUUUGUUGCUUGUUUAGAACAUGUGAAAACAUUCCUGAAAAGCAAAAACCUGAACUACCCGCAACUGGAAGAUACCGAGUGGCUGGAAAAACUGCACUUUAUGGUGGAUAUGACAAGUCACUUAAACAUGCUGAAUAAAAGUCUACAGGGGCGGGGAAACACUGCACUGCACAUGCUGGAAGCUGUAUUGUCAUUCGAGCGCAAGCUGACUGUAUUCGCCAGAGAUGUACAGCGAGGCACGCUCUCUCACUUCCCCUCCCUGAGAGAGUUCAAAGAAGCCUAUCACGAUCACACACUCAACGGUGAUUAUUUACAAGGUGCGAUCGUGGAUAUGCAAACUGAAUUUGGGAGCAGAUUCAGCGAGUUCCGAAAGGAAAAAAUCACACUAUCUUUCCCUGUCACUCCCGUGGAGAUUGACCCGUCCUUGUUGAACACAUUCCCAGGAGUAAUUCAAGCUGACCUUGAAAUGGAAUUGGCCGAUAUAGCUGACAAAGAUUUGUGGGUGUCCAAGUUCAAAAGUCUGACAGCCGAGCUUGAAGACGUCACUGGCCAGAAAGCUCAGCUUGCCCAAAGCCACGAAUGGAGAAACUUGUGUUUCAAACAUGGAAUGCUCUUCCUGACAGUUAUAGUAACAUGAAGAAAUAUGCAUUUGGAGUAUUAUCUAUCUUUGGAUCAACUUACCUGUGCGAGCAGAUAUUCUCAAACAUGAACUACAUAAAAUCCAAAUACCGCACCCGCCUUACAGAUGAGAGCUUGCAGUCCUGCGUCAAGAUUAAAGUUACAUCUUACAUGCCGGAUGUUGAGAAGCUGUCCAGUGAUGUCCGAAAACAGAAGUCACAUUAAACGGGUCCGAGGAUGGCUGUGCAUCAAAAGAGAAGAGGAUGAUGCUGCAUUUUACCCUUGCACUGACUUACUUAGCAUUUUCAUAAAACUAUAGAGAAGAGGACUAUGCACAGAAAUCGAACUGAAUUAUUUUUGUCACGGGCAUGACUGAGCUGCUUUUAUGUUUUACUGAGUUUUAUACUGUUUUAAUGCAUGUUUUAUGCAUGGUUUAAAUACGUUUCCAGUUAAUUUCAAAAGGCUGCUGUUUUAUUGCACUCUGUCUAUUGGCCAGAUAAGGGGGGAAAGAGAAGAUAAUUGUAUUGUAUUGUAUUAUUGAGGAUUGAAGAGGACUGCA